AUGGCUUAUUUCCUUCUGUGUGGCAGAAAAUUUCAGCAAUUGAAAUCAACAAAGGUUGAAACGAAGGAAAUGAAACAACAGGUGAACAGAAGUACAAAUAGUUUUUGUCCUCCACAAGGAAUAUUCAAUAAAGUAAUUACAGAUGGAGUUAUGCUCAUUAUAUUAUGGAUUCUACUCUGGUCCCUUAUGGGUCACGACGUUUUCCCUGGUGGAAAUUUAUUUGGACUAUUAGUUAUUUUUUACAGUGCCUUUCUUGGGGGGAAAAUCUUAGAAGUCAUUAGAAUACCUAUAGUGCCCCCCCUUCCACCUCUUAUUGGGAUGUUACUGGCUGGUUUCACCAUCAGGAAUGUCCCGUUUCUUUAUGAGUUUGUCCAUAUUCCUACCACAUGGUCUUCAGUUUUAAGAAAUACUGCCCUUACUAUUAUCCUAAUACGAGCUGGGCUUGGACUGGACACAGAAGCUUUGAAGCAUCUGAAGGCAGUUUGUUUGAGGUUGUCAUUUGGUCCGUGUCUCGUAGAAGCGUGUUCAGCUGCUUUUUUCUCCCACUUCCUUAUGGAGUUUCCGUGGCAAUGGGGGUUCCUAUUAGGCUUUGUUCUAGGCGCUGUCUCUCCUGCUGUUGUCGUCCCCUCCAUGCUGCUGUUGCAAGAAAAUGGGUACGGUGUUGACAAAGGCAUCCCAACCUUGCUAGUGGCUGCUAGCAGUAUGGAUGACAUUGCGGCCAUCACUGGAUUCAACACAUUCCUGAGCAUAGUCUUUUCCUCGGGUAGUAUAAUUAGCAAUGUCCUAUCGUCCUUGAGGAAUGUAUUUGUUGGUGUGCUGGUAGGAAUUGUUAUGGGAUUUUUUAUUCAGUAUUUUCCAAGUGAAGAUCAGGUGAAAGUUACACAGAGGCGAGCCUUCCUUGUUCUGAGUAUGUGUAUUUCUGCUGUCUUAGGCUGUCAGUACUUUGACUUACAUGGAUCUGGAGGACUGGUCACACUAGUGUUGUCGUUCAUGGCAGCAAAAAAAUGGGCUAAAGAGAAAGUUGGAGUCCAAAAAAUUGUCGCAAACACAUGGAAUAUUUUUCAGCCACUUCUCUUUGGCUUAGUUGGAACAGAAGUAUCUGUUGAGGCUCUUGAAUCGAGAACUAUUGGUAUGUGUAUUGCUACCUUGGGUUUGGCAUUAUCUGUUCGAAUUUUAGCCACUUUUGCACUCAUGUCUUUUGCUGACUUUCGUUUUAAGGAGAAAAUAUUUAUUGCUUUAUCGUGGAUCCCCAAAGCUACAGUUCAGGCGGUCUUAGGUCCUCUGGCUCUAGAAACAGCGAGAAGAGUUGAGGCCCCCCACCUCGAAGCAUACUCAAAAGAUGUGAUGACGGUAGCCUUCCUAGCCAUCCUGAUCACAGCUCCAAAUGGAGCUCUCCUCAUCGGCAUACUGGGACCCAAAAUACUUGAACGUGGUGAUAUGGCAGUCCCUUUAAAAGUAGAUAUAUCAAAUUUUGAACCUUAA